UUUUGUUUGCGUUCGGAAACCAAAUGGAGUAAAAAUUAUUUGUUUAUUGAUAUACUGCAGCAGUGAUAAAAAUAACGGUGGGACACAAUUAAUAUGCUGAGGCUACCAAGCUUAAUUGUGGCCGCCGAAGCGGCCACCUGUAGACGUAAUUUUGCCAACAAUGCAAAAUGGAAUACCAAAAAGGAGUCUCACUAUGAAGUGCUGAAUGUGAGCAAUGAUUGCACAAAGCGGGACAUACGAAACGCCUAUCUCAAACUCUCCAAACAGUAUCAUCCAGAUGUAAAGUCAAAUGCCGCAAAUGCUGAGAACACGGCGCGUUUUGUGCAAAUAACAGAGGCAUAUCAGACGCUGAUAAAGACAUCGACACGCAAGGAUUACGAUGCUAGUUUAAUCUGGAAUCCAGGAGGCACUCGGGAAACAAUUCAGCCCUGGGAAGUUAGGACCAAUUAUAGCACGGAUCCGGGCCCCUAUUAUGGCAUAAAGGGCAUAAGUCGCGUCUCAAACUGGCAGGUGGCUUUAUUUCUAAUAUCGCUGGGGAUUCUAGGCGCGUUCUUUGGAUUCAGUUCUGCCAAACAUUCUUUUGAGCUGAACCGUCACGUACAGGAUGAAAUCUCAGCGGAGGCAAAUUCUCAUCAUGCGGCUGUUGUCGCCGACGCACAAAAAUAUGGCAAUCAGGAGCAGAUGCGACGCAUGGUCGAGCGUCUGGCCAAGGAUCCCUUGGGCCAAAUGGUAGCCAAAUAAAGAAUAGCUUGUUAUAAAUUGUAAUUUGUAAAUUUGUUAUAUUUUUGAGAAACUCUUUAGAAUAAAAAGUAUUAGAAAAGUUCCAAA